UGCAUUUAGAUCUGCCCUAGCUACUAUUUUCCUGCUUAGGGUUUUCGUCGGCUGAAAGCACAGGUAUAAGUUACAACCGUACCCGAGCUCAUAAAUGUGGGGUGCAUCUGUAAUUAAAUGUAGCGACCAGUUAGUUGUUGAGACCGAUUUAAUGCAAAAGCAAAAUGGACGUAUGCAUGCUCCAGAAUCCAGUAUAAAAAAACCUCUAUCAUCUCUUGUAGCUCUCAGAAUUUAGCUCAGCCUUGUAAAAUAAUAUUUUGAACAUGGGAAGAGCUGGGAGGCUUGCUUUGUUUUCUUUGUUUUGCAUUCAAAUCCUUGCAGUGAGUGUGGUUGCAAGGAAUGUAGUGAGUGUGGAGCAUGAUGAGGAGGAAAAGAACUUUGCUGUUGGGAAGGGAGGGGGAUUUGGCGGAGGGGGUGGGUUUGGCGGUGGAGGUGGAGCAGGUGGAGGUGGUGGUUUUGGAGGCGGCGCUGGUGGAGGUGCUGGUGAUGGUGCUGGCGGUGGGUUCGGUGGUGGUGCUGGUGGCGGAGCUGGAGGUGGCGGCGGCUUUGGAGGUGGCAGUGGUGGAGGUGGGGGAUUAGGUGGGGGGCAUGGGAUUGGUGGUGGAUUUGGUAAAGGUGGUGGUGUUGGCGGUGGGAUUGGUAAAGGUGGCGGAGUAGGCGGUGGUGCUGGGGGUGGUUUUGGCAAGGGUGGUGGCAUUGGGGGUGGAAUUGGAAAGGGUGGUGGAGUUGGAGGAGGAGCUGGUGGUGGUGGUGGAUUUGGGAAAGGUGGCGGUGUAGGUGGAGGAAUUGGAAAAGGAGGAGGCAUUGGCAAGGGAGGUGGUGUUGGAGGAGGAGCUGGUGGUGGAUUUGGGAAAGGUGGCGGUGUAGGUGGAGGAAUUGGAAAAGGAGGAGGAAUUGGCAAGGGAGGUGGUGUUGGAGGAGGAGCUGGUGGUGGGUUCGGAAAAGGCGGUGGUGCUGGUGGUGGUUUUGGCAAGGGUGGUGGAGUCGGUGGUGGAAUUGGAAAAGGUGGUGGAGUUGGCGGCGGAGCUGGUGGUGGUGUCGGUGGAGGAAUAGGAAAAGGUGGCGGUGUCGGUGGGGGAGCUGGUGGUGGCUUCGGAAAAGGUGGUGGAGUUGGAGGAGGAGCCGGAGGGGGAUUUGGUAAGGGUGGUGGAGUAGGUGGUGGGAUUGGCAAAGGAGGUGGUAUUGGUGGAGGUGGAGGCAUUGGGAAGGGUGGUGGAAUUGGUGGUGGGGGUGGUUUUGGGAAAGGUGGUGGCGUUGGAGGUGGAAUUGGUAAAGGAGGGGGAUUUGGUGGCGGCUCUGGUGGUGGGAUUGGUGGCGGAUUUGGCAAAGGUGGUGGUGUUGGAGGAGGAAUAGGAGGAGGUUCCGGUGGUGGGUUCGGAGCCGGUGGUGGAUUCGGUGGAGGUGCAGGUGGAGGUGGUGGAUUUGGUGGUGGCGGCGGCUUCGGUGGAGGUACUGGGCACCACUGAACUUAGCGUUCUGUGUGUUACAUGUGCAUGUGUAUGAAGGAGGGACAGUGAUUGAGUGAUAUUGUACUAUUUCUUUUACUGCUACCUUUUAUUUAUUUUGUUAAACAAUUAAUAUUUAGAAGUAAUUCUGUCUGGGGUGAUCGAUGAUGACUCAAGUCUAGUCUGCUUCUCGUACAAUGUAUUAGUGUACUUUUUUUUUUUCUGAAAUUAAAAGAGUAUCAUUGGAUUUAA